CUGUGUCCUCUCUUUUCCCAGCACACUGCUGGCACACUGCUAGCUCUCCCAGUGUCCUGACCACGGCCCUCCUCUCGCCAGCUCUCUGCAGCCUUGACCCGUAAAGACUCCAGCUUUAUCACAGAUUUUUUUGGAUCGUGCUUUAAAAUUUAAAUUGUGAUUCAAAACGGCAAGUUUUGGUUUUAGGUGGAAGAGCUGAGUAAAGACAAUAGGACAUUUCCUGCUGUUCCAGAGCUGUGUAAGUGUUCCACCAUGGCCUUUAGGAGAAGUUGGGUAGUCGCCCUCCUGCUGGUGCUCCUGUGCCCACUGCAGCCUCCACACUCUGGCAUAGCUAGUGCUCAGGAUGUGAGUGAGGAAGAGGAAGAUGUCGACACCAGACAUGUAGAGGAAGUUGUGGCUGAAGAGGGUGAAACUGCUGAAGGUGGGGAGGAUGCUGAGGAAGACAAUGAGGUAGGUAGUAAAGAAGAUGAUGAGGGGAAAGCUGGAGAAGAAGAGGACAAUGAGGAGGAAGAGGUGGCUGCUGAUGAAGAAGAGGCUGAUGAGCAGGAGGAAGCAGGCGAAGAGACUGGAGAGGUAGAAGAUGAAAAUGAUGAAGAGAAGAAUGAAGGGGCUGUUGAGGAAGAAGAUGAGGCAGUAGAGUUAGAUGAUGAAAAUGAUAGCAAAGAGGAGGAAGAGGUCAAGGAUGAGGGGGCUGCUGAUGAAGAAGAGGAGGCUUAUGAGGAAGAGGCUCCAGAGGUAGAUGAUCGAAGUGAUGAGGAAGAGGAAGACUCUGAUGACGAGGAUGAUGAGGCUGCAGACGAUGAAAUAGAUGAUGAUGAGGAAGAGGAAGCUGCAGACGAAGAGGCAGUUGAUACAGUAGAAAAUGACUUUGAGGAAGAAGAAGCAGAGGAUCAUCCUGCUGAUGAUGACCAAGAAGAUGAAGAAGAUCCAGCGGACAUCCCAACAGAGGAUCUUGGUGAAACAAACGAAGAGGAGGAAACGUCUGACAAACAGCAGUUCCACUCCGGCUCGUUGUGUAGCGUUUGUUCCAUCUGCGAGCAUUGCACUGAACAGUGUGACAAGUGUCCAUGUGCAGAGGGAGACGAGUCUGAUCACUGUGAGCACUGUGAAGACUGCUCAACCUGCUACAUUUGCCCCAUUCUGUGUGAUACAGUUUGCACACCAGGUGGUUUUGUUGAUGAACUAACCGGAUCCAUCUUUCAGUCUCUUUCUUCUCUACUCUGAGCAAAAUGCACGGGGACUUCUUUUAAGAAGAUGAUUGGGAUGCAACUGUUAAUUCAGCGUUAAAACAAGGACUUGAGGUCCAGCAGGAAAUUGUCUUCAGCCAUUGUUUAUGUUUUAAAUAAAGCUGUAAUGUUAUUUUAAACUAGACUUGUAAUUAUAGCUGGGAGAUCAGGUUGUGAGGUUUAUUAAAUUUUUGUAUGAAUUGUACGGUAAGAAAAAAGCUACAAUCACUUCUUUCAUGUUGGGGUAAAAUAUAAAUAAGAGUAGGAAAAACAUAAGGAAUUAAUGUUUAUUGCCACUUAUAUAGCCUGCAAAUGUAAAUAAAAAAGUCAGACAACCAUUUGUGUAUCCCACCACAAGUAACAUCACCUCCUUGUUAAAUCAUGGAUUAUCUGUGUAUAACCACGUUUUUCACUAAUCACUGCCAGGCCCAAUUACUAUCAGAACUGUAGAAGGAAGAAAUUACAUUAACAGAACCCGCCUGACAGAAUGAUGUAGGCCAAAAGAUCUCAAAACCUGAAGAAAUUCAUAAACAGAUGAGAGACAUUGAUAUGUCAGUCUGAAAAGCCAUUUCCAAGGAUUUUGGACUCCAGUGAACCACGGUUAGAGCAGUUCUGGGAGCAUCCCUCCCAAGAGUGACUGGCCUUCCAAAAUUACGCCAAGCGUGCCCUGAAGACAACACCAUUAAACACAAAAUGCAGUUUUUAAAUGAAGGUUUUUAUUAUUAAGGGAGAAAAAAAAAUCCAAACCUACGUGGCCCUGUGUGAAAAAGUGAUUGCCCCCUAAACCUAAUAACUGGUCGGGCCACCCUUAGCAGCAACAACUGCAAUCAAGCAUUUGGAUAAUUUGCAAUGAGUCUUUUACAGCGUUGUGGAGGAAGUCUGGCCCCCUCAUCAUCGCAGAAUUGUUGUAAUUCAGCCACUCUGGAGGAUUUUCGAGCAUGAACAACCUUUUUAAGGUCAUGCCACAGCACCUCCAUAGGACUUUGACUAGGCUAAUUCAAAGUCUUUAUUUUGUUUUUCUUCAGCCAUUCACAGAUGGACUUGCUGGUGUAUUUUGGAUCAUUGUCCUGCUGCAGAACCCAAGUUUCAGCUUGAGGUCAUGAACAGAUGGCCGGACGUUCUCCUUCAGGAUUUUUUGGUAAACGCCAGAUUUCAUGGUUCCAUUUAUCACAGCAAGUCGUCCAGGUCCUGAGCAGCAAAACAGCCACUUCACCAUUUGUGGAUAAUGGCUCAUUGUUGUUGGCUUUGAGUCUGAAAGCUUUAGAAAUAGCUUUAAAACCUUUAUUGAGACUGAUAGAUCUCAGUCACUUUCGUUCUCAUUUGUUCUUGAAUUUCAGCAUGUCUUCUUUUAAUCUACUUUGUCACUUUGUGACACACUUUGUCAGGCAGGGAUUUCUUGAUUGAGAACAGGUGUGGCAGUAAUCUGGCCUAGGUGUGGUUAGAGAAAGUGUGUGAGAAAACACAGUUAAGUUAUGUUUUAACAGGUGGGACAAUCAGUUUUAUUCACACAGGGCCAUGUAGGUGUGGAUUUUUUCUCCCCUAGUAAUAAAAACUGCCUUUUGUGUU